AUGGCUGGUCUAGUCAGGCCCCCUCAAAGAUUCACUCACGAAGAGUGGACAUAUAGCAAUAAUCUAAAGUAUAGAAGUGCAGAGAAAGAGCGAGAAAUUUCUCAAGGGUUACAAAACGAGUGCGACAGAUUCAUUGAAGAAACUGCUAAACGCACUGAGAGAACACUUAAAGACGUCGAAAAAAAAUUUGACCAAAGAAUUAAGGAUAUACAAUACUGGAAGUCGGAAGUUAAUAAAAAGCUGCAGGAUGUGACGGAAGAAACUGAUGUAUUGGAUGAAUAUUUCAUAAGACUGAAAAAAACUCUUGAAGCCACGGAAGAGCCUCUUCAUAUUGCACAACAAUGUUUGCUUAGUCGUGAGAAAAGAACAGGAAUCGAUCUCGUUCAUGAUGACGCACAGAAAGAACUUAUUAAAGAGGUGGAGGUUUUUAAAGGUGCACAAGGAGUUCUGCAGAAGGCUAUCGAACAAGCAAAGGAACAACUCAGAUUAAAUCGUAAGGCGAUUUACAAUCUGAAGAGAGAUUCUUCUGACAAGCUUGAAGCACAACGUAUUGAUGAAUACGCGUUAAGUUUGAAGCCGACUGAUGAAUCAUUACCUGGAUUUGAUCGCUUGCCGAAAAUGGAUGCCAAAUCAUUUACACAAGAAGAAUGGCAGAAUUUUUCAACUGCAUCAAUUGAAGCCGGGAUAAACACAACAAAUCGUGCCUUAAAGAAACGAAUAAGUGAAACUCGAAGUUCUAAAGCUAAGCUGGAAGAACACUUAAGCGCUGUUAUUAAAGAAAUUUCUAAUGUUGAAGACACUUUAUAUGAAUUGGAUAAAGCCAUUAAAGACAAGGAUGGAGCUCUUCGUUUGGCGGGAACACGUUUAGGCAUACGUAAAGAAAGACCAAAUAUUGAAUUGUGUCGUGAUCCAGCUAACUAUCGAUUAACUCAAGAAGUUGAUGAAAUAAAUCGUGAUAUUGAACAACUGAAACAACGAUUAUAUGCAGCACAUGCUUCCUUGAAAGGAUUAUGUCGACGUCAGUUGGAUUUAGAAGAAGAGAUACAAAUUAAAGCAGCAACAUUAUUCAUUGAUGAAGUACAGUGUAUGGGUAUACGAGAGAGUAUUAAUUUUAGUGCAUUCUAA